UAAAUGGUAUUAAAUAGGAUGGGCCCCAAAGGGUCCUCAGUACAACAUUUUCGUCGAAAGUAAGAAAAUCACCACUACAUCAACACUAAGAUGCCUUGCACGGAGUGUGGUUGUAAAAAAUCCGCUGAGAGAACCUUAGCAGAAGAAACAAGGAACCUGACAUUGUCGGAAACGAGAGAACCGGAGUGUGCCUGUAAAGCGCAAGCUUCCCAGAAGUCAUGCUGUUCUUCGAAUUCUAGUUGCUGCUCUGAAUCCAGACCCAGCCGCCGCGGCUGUUCCUGCUGCUGCAGGAGCUGCUGCGCCUGUUGCAGAUGUUGUUCGAGGUCUUCCAGGGAUUGUUGUCAAGACAGGAUCAACGAAACCAAGUCUCGUGGUUGCAGCUCUUGCGGAAAGAAAGAGGAACCAGUAACACAAGCUGCCUGCGGUUGCAAUCAUUAAGUUCUUUUGAUGUGGUCACAAAAUACUUUUAAAUUAUACGGGAGGGGGGGGGAUUGUCAUGAAACUGUUUAUAUGUGUCAUAAUUUAAUAUAAUAAAACUACAAAGACUGUCUUA